AUGACGAACUACUUACAACAUAUGAGAGAACGAUAUGGCAACGAUGUUGCCCUAAGAGCAAAAAAAUACAUGACUUGUACACAAAAACUUGCCAAUCUGACCUCCAGACGUAAUUUCUUGCUGGAAUGCAGAAAAUAUGGACUGAUGCCCUCACACAUCAUUAACAACUUCAAGUGCACCUUCCAACUACUGGCGAAGAACUCUCCCUACAACAAGGAAAUUAACUCAGCAGUUGAGUCUUUCCAAAAAAGAAUCCUCAAUGCGGAAAUUAAAUCAACGCACUGGGAGAUUGGGAAUGUAAAAAGAGACCGUUGGUCAGCUCGAGAGGAAUUGUUGGGAUUUGGCUUUGAAGGGGUUGCGGUGUUUUUGAGCAAACAAGAGGAUACCCACGGUAAAUUGAUCAAACAUUUGAGCACUAUUCACAAGAGGAAGAUGGAUGCGCUAUGGGAGAGACAACUAGGCACAAAGUUGGGAGAUCACUCUGCGGAAUGGGUGACCAAUUUGACGGACAUACCGAUUCCUAAGGAAGUCAAUAUACUCCUGGGAUAUGGCCCGAAAUUCUCCUUACCAUUCAAGACAGUUCCAAAUCAUGCUGUCGCUCACCUCCUGGCAGAUGUGGAGUCUACGGUGGCUUCCAGGAAGCAUCUCAUGAGUGAAAAUGAUUUAAAUGCACUUCGAUCGCGUUUGGCCAACGUAAUGAGCAACUGUCUCAGAGACAAGAAAAGCAAGUCUGCGGUGGAUAAAUAUUUUCUUCACCUGGAGAGUAAAGCUGUUGCAUUCAUCCGUGAGCACCCUGAGAUCAUUAUCGCCAAAUCAGACAAAGGCAAUAGAACAACAGUGAUGUGGCGCGCAGAUUAUGAUUCAAAAAUGAUGGCUUUGAUAACUGCCCCGGGUGACUACAUUGAGGAGAAAGGAGAUAAAACAUCGGGUUAUGAACGCCAGAAAAAUAUGCUUGUUUCCACAUUGCAUAGUUUUGGAUACAUUGAUGAUAAAACUAGAAGAACCCUCACAACAUAUAACGCAAAAUCCCCCGCCAUUUACGGUCUCCCAAAAGUGCAUAAAGCGGGAGCGCCUCUCAGACCAAUUGUCUCAUGCAUACAGUCACCAACACAUGGACUCUCUCAGCUGCUCUCGGGUAUUUUGAGACUGGUCGCUGAUCAGCACCAAUACAAUGUCAGGGACUCAUUCGGCUUCGUUGAGAGAAUCAAGAGCGUAGUCGUCCCCCCGGAGCAUGUAAUGGUAAGCUUUGAUGUGGUGUCAUUGUUUACAAAUGUUCCGAUUGAGCUUGUGGAGGCGUGUGUGCAAUCAUUGUGGCCCAAAAUACGCUGCGCAACACCCAUUGAUGAGACACUUUUCAGCAGAGUUCUCCAAUUUUGCUUAAAAACAAGCUAUUUCGUAUACAAAGGGAAGUACUACAGACAGUUAAAGGGAGUACCAAUGGGGGGCCCCUUGUCGCCGAUUGCGGCGGACAUUGUCAUGGAUCACGUCCUGAAAUCUGCGGCGGAUCGCCUGGAUUUUCCGCUGGUGUGUCUCACGAAGUAUGUGGAUGAUAUCUUCUGUCUGAUCCCUGAGGACAAAAUUGAUGAAACAUUAGGGGUUCUAAACUCGAUUAAUGACUCAAUAAAAUUCACUGUGGAGAAGGAAAGAGACGGAGGAUUGGCUUACCUAGACACCUUCGUACUCAGGAGAGAGACCUCCUUGGACACAUUGUGGUAUAAAAAGCCGUCUGCCACACCCAGAAUGCUCAAUUUUCUCUCUAAACACCCACUGCAGCAUAAAAUCUCUGUAGCAACCGGAUUCAUAAAAAGAGUAGUGGCUCUUACAACAACCAAUUUGGAAAAUGUCAAGACCACAAUUUUUGCACAAUUGCGAAUUAACAAUUAUCCGCCUCAACUCAUACGCAGACUCUUACAGGAGAACUUGAGAGUGAGAAGCCAAACCACCCAAGAGAGACAACAGGAGGAGGUGCAAUAUGUCUCUCUCACUUACGUGCCCCAAUGGAGCGAGAGGCUCAAGCAGGUUCUCUGUCGCUCUUUCGACGGAUUGUGUGUCUCAAUGAAACCAGCCAAUUCAGCAUACAAAUUUUACACACAUCUCAAAGAUAAGCCUCCACUGCUUAAAGACAGCUAUGUUGUCUACAACAUAAACUGCAGCUGCGGUAGGAAAUACAUUGGGAAGACCACACAACGUCUUGAGGUCCGUAUUCGUCAACAUAAGGACAGCAUAAGAAACAACGAGAGAAAGACUGCACUUUCCACCCACGCCAUCGAGAAUGAAUGCUCUUUUGACUUUGGCGGCACGACAGUGUUGGAUAGAGAAGCACAACAUCACAAACUUCUCAUUUUGGAGAUGAUCUACAUUCAAACAAACAGAGAGAGAGCAAUCAAUCUGCAGAGCGACACAUCCAAACUGGGCACUGUGUAUGCGGCCAUCAUACAGAGUAUGAGACUGGAUGAGGAAAGGAGAAUGAGAAGGAGAGAGGGAGAGAGAAUGUUGGAGAGAGCUCAGCGGGAGAUGGAACGCUCUGAUGGGGUGCAAGAAGGAGAUGCGCGCGCAGUACAGAUUGGCCACCAAUGAGAGGAGCUAAAGAAAAUUGUGUUGUAGAUGUAGUGAUUUUUGAUCGAUUCGUGACGUGGUUAAUUUUGUCCAUUGACUGCCCUGAGGAAGGACUAAAAUAGUCCGAAACGUUGGCCGGAAAUAAAAGUUAAUUAGCCGAGAACAAGACCGAAAA